CACGCAGCAUCCAGCCAGAGAAGCAGGAUUUUGGUGUUUCUUCGUGGAGGGGCCGAUUAUAGCGUUAUCUCGAGGAGUUUCUAUCAUUUGCGUUUGGGUGUAACCCAGUGGCUCGAUCCGAUCGGCGGUCGAGCCUAGAAGCCUUAUUGUGUCCACCUGUCUUUGUGCCAUCCGCCUUGACCACCGCUCUGCCCCAUUCCCAAAUGUCCGUAACAACCAACCAUAUCGAUUACCAACAGCACAACACAGGCGGCGACAGUAUGGCAUCUCCCUCCUCGAACAGUACUACGCUUGGUGCAUCGAAUUCGUCCGGCAUCACGAAGGGAAACUCCGGCUCGUCCGCUGGCGGUAGUUCGAGCGCGGGUGGAACGUCGAGUGCGAGCGAUGGAACGACUCAACUCCUGACCAAGCCGCGCCUGCAAGAGCUUGUGCGCGAGAUCGAUCCAACGGAGCAGCUGGACGAAGAGGUCGAAGAGUUGUUGCUACAGAUUGCAGACGAUUUCGUCGAGAACACCGUUAACGCUGCCUGUCUGCUGGCGAAACAUCGGAAGGUGCCAAAGGUGGAAGUACGUGACGUUCAGCUACAUCUCGAGCGCAACUGGAACAUGUGGAUACCCGGGUUCGGGACGGAUGAGCUUAGACCGUACAAGCGUGCGACCGUGACAGAGGCGCACAAGCAGCGACUCGCUCUCAUACGGAAGGCAAUCAAAAAGUACUAGCAUCAUAUCCGUGCAUUAGAACUAGCGAUAAGCUUUAUAAGAAUUAUGAUAAUAAUAAUAAUGGUCGAACGAUACCGCAAAAGGUGAA